CUGGGAAUAAAAUAUAACCAUGACUGGGUUUCCCAUGGCUACAUAAAUUAAGUUUUUUUAUUUUUUUUUUGUUAUUUCUUAACCCCUUCUCCAUUCAUUUAUUCUUUUUAUCUUUUUUUUUCUUUCUUUCCUUUCUUUCUUUUUUCAUUUAAAAAAAAUACGAGCAUCAUGAUACACCAUCUAAUACUGCUUGUAUUUCUUGUAAGCAUUUUUUGUAGCACGAAAUGUCAUGCAGCAGACGAAUACAUCAUCGAAUUUCCAUCUGAGGCUGAGACCCGUUUGUUUCUUGAAAAGAACAAAGACAUGAUUUCUAAUAUUCGACACACCUAUCAUUCGGAUAUCUUUACUGGCGCUGCUGUCGAAUUUAACAAUCAACAUUUUGCUCACAAUCUCCCAUCCCAUCUUAACGUUUGGCCUGUCCAUCACCGUAUUCGACAACAGGCUCCCUUUAAAAAUCACCAUGACGACAGUAAUGAUGAUAGCAGAACAUUUGUACCACAAGACAAGGACACUAUAAAAAUUCUGACCCAAGCUAAUAAUAAGUACCAAAGUUUAAAAUCAAAUGGUUCUGGUAUCAAGAUUGGUAUUAUUGAUUCAGGUGUGGAUUACACUUUGGCUGCAUUAGGCGGAUGUUUUGGCAAAGGCUGUAAAAUUGCUUAUGGCCAUGAUUUAGUCGGUAAUAAUUUCAAUGGCUCAUUGAGUUCGAUUAAAUCAAGUAACGACCCGAUGGAUGAUUGUCCUGCCAACUCAACUUCAGCCACGGGCCAUGGAACUUUUGUCACGGGUAUUAUUGCUGCUGAAGAUAAAGAAUAUAACUGGAAUGGUGUUGCUCCAGGCGCUACCAUUGGUAUGUGGAGAGUGUACGGCUGUAAUUUCCCUACUGCACCAAACGACAUCAUAAUCAAAGCAAUGGAAAUGGCUUAUGAGGCUAAAAUGGACGUGAUUAGCAUCUCACUUGGCGUGAGCGGAGGUUGGGCUCAAGAUGUAUUAUCCGUCGUCGCUGAUCGUUUAGUAGCCAAAGGAAUCCAUGUGAUUACGGCUAGUGGUAACAUUGGCACGAGCGGUGUCUUCUUGACUGCUUCCCCUGCAACAGGUAAAGAUGUGAUUGCUGUUGGAUCUACCAUGAAUGAUCAUGUACCUGGAUAUAUUCUCAAGUUGUAUAACCAAUCCAAAAAGGCUAUCGAAAUUGCUUACCGUACCUACACUAGUACACCUUUUGUUCUCAACUUGGGAAACAAGCUUCCGAUUGUAUCUACGGGUAAAGAAUUUAAUGCCGAAAACGAUGCCUGUCUUCCACUUCACAAACACAAAUACAAUGGAACGAUUGCCUUGAUCCAUCAAGGUGGCAACUGUACUUCUUUAGAGAAAGUCAUGCAUGCCCGAAAUGCCGGUGCCGUUGCAGCCAUCCUUUACUCAAAUAUUCAAAAUGCAACGACUGACGUCGAAAUCUUGACAACGGCUGUUCUACCCAUUGCCUUUAUUAACAAUGAUGAUGCCAAGUUCGCCUUUGAAGAGGCUAAACAUGCAGAAUUCACCAAGGUCUUGGUGGCCCUGAAAUCUGCCGAGGUGUACAGGGAUAGUGUGGCCAGUUUCUCUACAUUGGGUCCUACGAAUCAACUGGAGUUGAAACCUGAAUUGAUGGCAGUCGGUGGUGAUAUCUUUUCCACUUUACCUCGAUACCUGAAAUCGUACGGAUUUAGAUCCGGUACUUCCUUUUCAACACCUUAUGUUGCUGGUACAGUGGCUUUGUUGCUUUCAAAUACUCAGCCCGAUAUGAAGCCCGACAUGGUCAAGCACCUUUUAAUGAAUUUUGCUAGUCAAGUAAAAGAACCCAUCUCCGCUAUACAUUAUGGUGAUUCCCCUAUUCGGCAAGGAGCUGGUGUUGUUGAUGUUUCACAAGCCAUUGGUGGUUAUGAACGAUUCCAUGUGUCACCUGCCAAACUCAGUUUCAACGAUACUGCUCAUUUUAUCAAAGAACACGUCUUGACGGUGUAUAACCAUGAUACCGAAAACGAAGUGACCUUUCGUCUCAGUCAUUCAGCUUCAUUAACAGCCACCGGAUAUUCCAUGAACAACAAGACGGACCUGACACCUACGGAACCUGUGAGUCUCUAUGGCGGCGACGAAGACUCUGUUGCCAGUGUCCAAUUUUCUCUUACCAAAUUGGUGGUACCUGCCGGACAAUCAGUUCAGGUCCGUGUCCGUAUCCAGCCUCCGACCAGAUUUACGUCAGAUUCUCAUGCCAUGUAUGGAGGUUACUUACGUAUCCAUGACGACGAGAAGAAUCACGAGGCAGCGGUGCCAUAUAUUGGUAUGAAGGGUAAUAUGCUAGAUUUACCCAUCCUUGAUCGUUCCACGAAGCCUUCCAUGGCUGCACCUUACACAUUCCCCGCUAUUGGAUUCACGAACGGUACAGGCACAUUAGAGCCACAAGAAACAGGUCAUUUCCAUAUCCGAACAGACCUCGCCUCCAAUUUCCAAGGACCUUACGUGCUCGUUCGAUUGUUAACGGGUACGUCGAUACUGCAAAUUCAAGUUUUAAACAAGUAUGGUAGUGUGAUCGGUGAUAUGCCUACGGAUGGAUCACGUACGUUUAUGAUGCGUAACACCUUGACAACCACAGAAUACACCAAUGCUUUUUAUACAUGGAAUUGGAACGGUGUGUAUGUACCUAAAGAUGUGACCUUGUCUGGUACGAAUGGUGGGUAUGAACCCAAGAUGGUGAAGUCGGGUGAAUAUCGUUUAAAAGUAAGAGGAUUACGUGUUUAUGGAAAGAAGAAGAGUGAUUGGGAUGAAUGGAUCUCACCUAGAAUACAACUUAAAAUCGAUUAAUACCCCCCCCCCCCCUCCCCCUUUAACCCUCCUUUAUUAAUACAUAAUAAAAAUAAAAAAUAAUGUGUGUGUACU